AUGAGGCUUAAACUGGUGUUAUUUAAUGUUAAAGAGGAUAGGCAGAAUAUUGAAGAGUUUGAGGAUUUGUAUCAGGAAAUUAUUGGGGUAAGAAAUGGAGAUAAGGAAAUUCCUUUGAAGUAUAAGGCUGAAUUCAUGUUCAACUUGUUUGAUAUCUUCUGAUACAAUGGAGGAUACACAAGAUGCAGAUUAUUGAUGGAAAUAUUCAAAGAGUUAUUUGAAGCUAAUAAGACAAACGAUUAUGUUGCCUUCAAGUAUUACUCUGCUUAUUUAUCAGUUGAUUAUAAAUAUGCAACUCUUACUUUCAAAACUCCUGAAGAGUACAUUGGAGACAUCUUCAAAGACAUCAAUAGCAGAGCCUUCCCUCAAGAAGUCGCCACAGAUCUAGAGUUCAAGAAGGAUAUGCUGCUUGCAAAUUAUUAUUCAGUCUCAGACCCUGAGAAGUGGAUGUCUAUUAGCGAUAAACUUCUGGAUACUUGUCAGUCUACAAGAUUGCUGUAUCUAAUGAAAGAUUUUGUUAUUAGAAACUAUCACAUCAUUUCAAAACCUGAUGAGGAGUUAGGCAAGCAAGUAAGACGUAUACUUCCAGUUAUCAAGGAAGAACUCAAAACUCAUCCUGAGCCAGAACUUGCCGACAGUUUCCUUUGGCUGUUGAUGGUAGAUCUCAUAGACUGAGUGCAGCUAAAAGACAAGGAAGAAGUUGUCAGACUGGCAGGUGUCAUUGAUAAGUUUGUAGAGCAUCAUAGGUUUACGAAGAGUCUCAAGCUCUACUACAAAAUUAUGAUUAGUAUGCAUAUGUUUACUCUUGAUCCUGAGUCUGUUGACCAGGGCAAGAUCUUUGGGUUCAAAAAAGAAUUCGAAGAGUUGGUCAGCGGAUCAACCUAUGAAAUGAACUACAGCAUGAUGGAUGGCUUCGGAUUUCUGGUAAAUAUUCAAGAGCUGAUGGGAGUCCAAAUUGAUUAUCAGAUCGCUAAGAACUAUGCUGAUUUGAUCAAAGAUGACAAGCUGUCUUAUAUAUGCUUUGUGUCAUCACUUGAGUCUAUCAGCGACCCUACCAUGAAGCCAUAUAUCGAGACUGCUCUUGAGUACUGAGAUGAAUUAGAGAUUGAUAAAUUGCACGAGUUUAGGAUCAACCUUGACUACACAAAUAUUAUGACCAUGAUGGCUGCUCCUGAAAUGCAAGGUAUGGGGAGAGCAAUGGAGGAGCUUGAUUCCCUAGCUGAGCUUUAUGAACAAAACCUCAAUAUUGUCACUAAGGAAAAACUGGUUUCUAUCUAUUUAGCACAAAUAAUGAUAGCCAAAGUUACUGGGCUGCCUCAAAAGUAUGUCCAGGUUGCACUGAAGUUCCUUCCAACACAGACCUCUGUGGAUGAGAUUGUUGAUGAAAUUUAUGAUACUACCAUCACCAAUCUAUCUAUCGAAGGAGAUAUAGCCAAAGCUGGUAAACUCUCGACUGCUUUCUUGGCUUAUGCCAAGAAAGAUGGGGAGAACACUCACACUUAUUACAAAGCAUUAAAAACUAAGAUCAAGAUACUUUCUAAGGCCAAACUUCGUGUAGAAGCUUUACAGAUUUCUACAGACUUUGAGAGAAUUGCUUCUGAUAUCUAUGGUGAAGGUUCCUUAGAGCAUGCUGAUUCUAUUAAAACAGUAUCCCAACUGAAAUCUCAGCUAGGGAAUUAUCAGGAAGCUUACCAAGGCUUUCUCAACUGUUAUGACAUGUAUAAAGCCAAGUUUGGCUCUGAAGUCAAUCCUGAAAGCUCUUCUGUGUUGGUUAGAAUGGCAGUUGUAAAGAAGCAUUUGGAAGAAUUCGAGGAUGCUUUUAACUUGCUAGACAAGGCAAAGCAAGUUGAAGAAAAAACUACAUCUAAAUUUUCCAAGGAGUACAAACUUAUAUUGCGGGCAGAAGAGUUUGUUCAAGUUGCUGUUGAAAAACCUGAAUACAACCGUAAGGAAAUCUUCACAAGAUGGCCCAAGACCUCUAAAUCCAAGAUAUCUUCUGCCUUGGUUGGAAUUUGUUUGGUAGCUUUUGGAGUUUAUUACUACAUCAAAAACAAGAAGUCAGGAUAAAAUAUAUUCAUAUUUAGAAUUUUC